AUGGGAGAUGGGGCUGUCCACGACACUCGACAGUUGGGAGGUUACAUGACCCUUUUACAGUGCUGGAUCUACGAACACUUCCCUAGGAUCUGUAAGCGGGGCGAUAGAGGUGCGGUUCCUGCACAUCUUCCAAGAGCAUGUAGGUGGAUUGCAAAACAUGCUGUUGAAGGUGGAUUAGUGACCUAUCGGCAGAGACUUGAUGCUUUGUUGCUUGAGGAUGUAGUGUUUACACCAUAUGAUGAUGAUCGAGCUAAUCAUCCGUUUGAAGAUAUUUCGAUGUUCUCUGGUUAUCUUCGAUGUGGUGGAGUCUCAGUCCCAUAUUUGCCGGAGCGAUGUCUUCGACAAUUUGGUCGUAUUCAGUGCAUCCCGCCUGAUGUUCCUCCCAGGCCCCCUAGUGUAGAUUGGGUGUGGCAGACUACUAUGCAGUCAUCUGUAUCGGCGUUUCGGAGGCUAUAUCAUGUUGCGAGUUUUCCUGGAGAGGUCACUGAGGACUAUUAUCCAUGGUACAUGUCUGUGUCACAUCCUCUGAUCAUUCCUCGGUCUACUGCACAUGCGGGUACAUCCUCUGAGCAUCCAUCUCACCAUCCAUCAUCUGCUGCACAUGUGGGUACAUCAUCUGCUGCACAUGCUGGUCCGUCAUCGUCUGACCGAGAUCGUAGAACAGCUGAGCUUGUACGUAGAGGCAUUAACUUGGUAGAGCCGUUUAGUGAAAUUUAUGAGAUUUUAAGUGAGUUAUGUCUUAUGUACGAUGUUUAGUUAUUUGAUA